AUGUCGUUCUAUUGUUUCGAAACAAGACAAGACCGCACAUUGGCACCAUAUCCACCACCGGAAUUCUCUCAACAAUUAGAAAAAAUGUCUCCAGCGGAAAUUGUGGACCAUAUAAUAAAUACAAACAUUGACCCACAUACUCUUCUAAAAAUCGAAAAAUCAAUAGCAGUACCACUUAGACAACUUAUUUCUCCAAGAGAGAAUAGACGUCGUCGUUGCAUUCCUCGCCCACAAAAUAAUUUUGUACUUUAUCGAAGGAACUUUCAUGCCGUGAUCACAAAAGAAAGAGGUCAUGGCGUUGCAAAGGAUUUCAAAUUAAUAUCAAACGAAGCUGCUAAAAAUUGGUCGGCCGAAACAAAUGAAACCAAACAAUUAUACGAAUUAAUCGCCGAUUGCGCCAAAAAGGUUCAUGAUUGUACUUAUCCCCAGUACGUUUAUCAACCAAAGCACAAGUCAAAUAAAAAAGGUGCGAACAAUACAAUAUUUAGAGAGGUAACCGUGGAUUCUUGUAGUAAAAAGAACAAUGAUAAAAAUAAGGAUGGUAAAGAUUCAAAGGUUAAAUCUGAUCCAAAGAAAGACAGAAUUACAAUGACAAAAAGUUUUGUUAGUAGUAAUAUAAUUGCAACAACGACUUUCUUAUCCGCCGAUAUUGAUGUUCCUCUUGGUGCUUCCAUAACAAAUAUAAAUCAAUUUAACAAAACUGGUAAUAGCUCAGACAUAUCACUAUCGAAUUCAGAAGAAAACAAGAAAGAAUGGCGCUGGGCGCAUUACAGUCAAAAUGAGGCAACGAUAAAUACGAUCAAUAAUGUAAGGAAUGUAAUGAUUGCAACCGGUACAAAACCAACAAAAGCACUUCCUCCCGCGGGUGUUCCCGUGAGCCCACGACCUCCUGGGAGCUCACAUUCUCCAGUGAGCACCAAUUCUCCAACGAGUCCACUUCCCCCUGUGACCAUACCUCCACAUUCCGUGAAUGCAUUUCCAACAUUGCCUACAAUUGAUGCUCCAAUUUCUACGCAUUUCACUUCAUAUGACAAAAAUGUUUGGAAAUUGGUCAAUAGUUUCGCAAAACUUUAA